CACAAGGCAUGAUGAGUUCUUUCGAAAGCCAGAAAUUGAAGAGAUACAAGACAACUUUAUGUCAUAAUUUUGAAAAGACAGGUACAUGCCAAAUGGGUGAAAAAUGUCACUUCGCACAUGGAGAGCAAGAGUUGAGAGAUAUUAAUGAUCCAAUCCCCAUUAGAGCUGUCAGACUUUACAAUAAUAAACCUAUGAACUCGGAAGGGAACUUUAAUCAUAAGAGUUCAGAUGCUAUUCCUCCUGGGUACGUUAAGAACAAUUACAAAACAGUAUUUUGUAAGUUCUUCAUCCAGUACGGUCACUGAAGUUUUGGAGAAAGAUGUACAUACGCUCACGGUGAAGCAGAUCUUAGACCUCAGUACAUUCCAGCAGCAGAGGGGCAAGGAAUGGACCAAUAUGAUGCAGGAAAUGGGAUGGGAAGAGACAAUAGAGGAGGUGAUGGCAACGAUGGUCAGUUCAUGGGUGGUCAAAACAACUCCACCUUCAAUCUUUUAAAUGAGGAUGGAGACCAAGAGAGUCACAAGGAAGAACUAGAGCUCAAACUCCUAGACAGUUCAUCCGAAACAUUAACUUCAAUCAAAGAUGUAGUGAUGUGCUUGAAGUCUCAAAACUACGAAGAAGCUAAAAGAAUGGUAACAGACCUUAUGAGUGAUAACAAGAUAUGGUUCCAAGCGAAGAAUGAAGAACACUCCAAUCCAGAUGAUGCUCCAAUGAGUGAUUAAAUCAUAGCAGUUGUAAU